AUGACUCGACAGAACCGCAACGUCGGCUACAUGGAUAAAGAUUGGGGCCAGAGUCUUGAAGAGGAGCAGGCGGACCUAGCAAGGGGAGCCCAACUAGAUGCUACAUGGGAAACUGAGGAUACCGUCUUUUUUGGAUACGAAUGUUGA